UCGCCAUGAUCGUCUUCUCGGUCGGCACCUACUCGGUCAACUCCAUCAUCCUCGGCUGGGUCGCCAGCACGUGCUCGCAGACAAAGGAGAAGAAGGCGUCGUCGCUCGCCAUCUCAAACAUGGCCGCCGCCGUGUCCUUCAUCUGGACGCCGUACCUGUGGUGGGAGUGGGACGCGCCGCGCUACACGCUCGCCAUGGGGUCCAGCGCCGGCCUCAGCGUCGCCACCGUCAUCGGCGCCUGGGCCAUGCGCUUCUGGCUCCAGCACAUGAACAAGAAGAUCCGCCGGUCCGACGACGAGGCCGUCUUGUUUUAUGCGUACUGAGGCAUGGUGGCAUGGUUGUGUUGCCUUUGCUUUUGUGAGAUUUGGAUAUAAGGGAGCAAGGUUUGUUCUCUGGUGCGCCAUGAUGUGGAAUGUGUUGGACACGGUGGGGUGUCCUUGUUGGAUCACAGACAUUCGGCAAUAAAUUUCGUGAUUAAAUAGGCGAUAGCUCUUAUUCACGUACCUGCCAGGAAUACUUGAUGUCUGGCUGAUGUGUCCUCCCUGUGGCAAGCAUACCGUCGGCAUCUCCCAGCCCCUUGGUCCUGGUCAGGACAUCUAACCCAAAGGUAUGUAUGCAAGGCAUAAGAAUCAGUCCUUGGAUACAGCCCGUUGACGGCACCGUACGCCCGGUGG